AUGGCGGACCCCCUUAGUAUUGCUGCCAGCGUUGUUGGUUUGGCUUCAGUCGGAUUUGAGAUCGCUAAAAGCCUUCACGGGCUCGCUGACGCCGUCGGUUCGGCUGGUGAGCAGGUGCGAGUAUAUGCGUCCGAAAUCGAAGUAUUUUCAAGGGUCCUGCAGUUGGUCAGAUAUCAGUUGCACGAAUUGCAAGAUGUUUCAAUCAACGGCCUUGAGCUGCUGAAGGAUAUCGUCGACAUCUGCGAGGACAUUGUGAAAAGACUCCACGCGCUCAUGCAAUCCCUCGGCCCAUUACUGUCCCGAUUCAAAGACAGCAAGAACAAGCUCUUGCAGUUCGGCAUCCGACUUGAAUGGAUUCUCACCAAAAAAGAGAAAUUGUUGUUUUAUCGAGCUACGCUGAAGCAGCAGCAGCGCAAUCUGACAAUGGCUAUGAAUGCGAUCAGACUUAAAACCUCUAGGGAUCGUUCGGAUCCGUCUGUCCGUCUUGCCAGAAGCUCCCUGGAGAGUACCUUGGCCAUACAGGCAACCUUAAAGUCUGCGAAGUUCUCGACGCAAAUGCUCCGUAGUAGCAACGAAUCUUCGCAGGCGAUCCUAACGAGUCGGACUCUCGACCCAUUCCAUCAAGACUUGCCAGAGUCUACCACCGAUACAAGUUCGACGACGCAGACAGAGGUGAAUGUUGAUGGGGAUGGAGUUGACGAUGCCGCGGCCAAAAUUGAGAACGGUGCAUUAGUUCUAGCUUCGGUCGACAGCCUCACAGAUGAUGACUUGGCGGCGAUUGAUCAGCUUGAGAGCAGUCUAGAGCCAUCUUCUUUGCCAUCAACAUAUGAGGUCUGGGAAGAGAUGCGCGUUCUCACGCGGAGAACUGUUAAAUUUGCGAAAAAGAUCCUGAACGAUGAAGUGGACAGUACGAUACCACUGCUGGAGACCAGGAGUGGUACGGAUGGCUAUACCACUUCUGCUCCCGUUGAUGCUUCUGCUCCCAUCAAGACUUCUGUUCCCGUCGAUGCUUCUGCUCCCGUCAACCCUACAAUUCCAACCGACUCUCCUGCUCCUGCACACUCAGCUCCAGGCCAGAGUCCGAGGAUCAAUGCCUCUCAACAAUCGAAUUUGAAGUCGCCGUCUAUGAGUACCUUGCCGUCUCGAAUAGAAAAGCCCGUUCCGCCUAAUCCAGACAAUUGGAUUAAGGUAGAAGAUUCAUUUGGCAAUAGCCACUUGUGCGCAUACGACGACUGCAGUACAUGGGAAGGAAUAUGUACUUUCAUUGGCUCAAUGAAGCCAAACUUGGCGCGCAAUCUCCCAGAGUAUAAUAAAUAUUGGCGAUCUCAAACCGGGGAAGACCGCUACCGCGACCUUGUCCAGAGUCGAGACUUCCACUUUGUGGGGGCAGAUGACAUGAUCAUAGGAGCGAACGCUUGGUCGUUGGUGCAACCUGGUUGGACGGUGCAGCUGGAGUUUUCAGAUGACGACUUCAACACUAACCCGAAUCUCAAGCGUGCACGCAUGGAAAAAAGUCUUGCCUGGGAAAAGUCGGAGGCUGAAACUCAUAAAGCCAAGGAAGAGUUGAGAAUAAUGAAAGAGUCACCUCUACCAGACAUGUAUCAGCUUCAACAUAUAGCUCUUCAGCGCAUCUCUUUUGUAGCUCUAUAG